AUGGAUCUACCAAGCGACAAUAACUUGCAUUUGAAUCGUAAUUAUCCGGCAGUUUCGAAAUCUCAAGAUGUUUCGCACGUUCUCAAUAGAAUUUUUAAGAAAUAUUACAACACUAGUUCGUUGCAGGUGUGCAACGAAACGGUAAAAAAUUUAAUCAAAAGUUCGAAGAAUGAAAACAAUCCCCAUUCCGAAUUCGUGCAAAAAUUGGAAAAGAUAAAAAUAUCUCACGAGAUGCGUUUAAAAGAAAUUGAAACAGUCGAGAAGCACAUAUUGAAAUCGCAAGCAGAAUGCUUAUUGCUGGAAGAUGAAAUGACAGAAAAUUUGAAACGCCAAUCUAUCUACACUGAUGAUAUUUUCAUCUCGCCUGGUCAGUUCCCAAGUUCACAGGGCAUGGUAGCUCCGGGCCUUCAUUGCAAGUUCAUGGUCAAAUUUUGCCCGGAUUCACUUUGCGAAUAUGAGGAUAGCUUGAUUGUAGAAGUCGACGAGGGGUGCCAAUUUAAUGUACCCCUCAAGGGUGCCAGGAAGUACCCUGUUCUUGAAAUUCCAGAGUACGUAGACGCGGGUGACUGCCUACUUUCGAGCGUCAAGUUCCACUACUUCAAAAUCGCAAACCUGGGUGGUUUUGGCAGUUUCUGCAUCCUCAACGAAGAAGAAUGGGCCACUGUCAAGUUCAAGAACCUAAUAAGACAAGGGUCCGUGAAAUUAGGAAACGUCUUCGAAGUUAGCCCCAUCUAUUUUGAACUUUACCCUCAGCAAUGGAUCGAUGUUGAGGUGAUGUUCAAUCCAAUUGAAGAGAUGGUGUACUCUGGGACCAUUGUUAUUGUCUGCGAUAACUGCCAUGUUAAAAGGUUGCAAAUAUUAGGUAGUGGCAAGAAGGCGAAGGUAGAGAUACUAAAAAUUGAGGAUGUUCAUGGAGUCACCUGUGACAGUGGCGGCGACGCUGCUUCUGACGAUGAUGAAGCUACUACUGCUGCUGCUGCUGCUUUUGAGGGCGGUAGUGGUGGUGGUAAUAGUAAUGAUCCGUUUUAUUCAUUCAUCAAGUUUCCAUCCGUCAAUCCGUUUACGAAGAUCAGUAGGAUAUUAGCAGUUCGCAAUUGCGUUGACGUCGAUAUAGCAUACGAAUGGAUAAGAGCCUAUCCAAAUUUGAAGACAAUAAACGCUGACGAUGUGAUCGCCGAAGAUGAUAUUUUAAAUAGUAACGUAAAAAUUAGUGAAGAUGGCGUCGAUGAAGAGCCAAGCGACAACAACAACACCAGCAAAAACAGCAACAACAAAACAACAACAAAGCAAGCCGCAGUGCAUGCAACGAUCGAUUCCUUACGAAAAUCUCCGUUUGCAGUUGAACCUGCUCACGGCGUCAUACCGGCCUGCGGGGAAAUUAAAUUCUAUGUCUCGUUUUGUCCCGUUGAGCAUCACAAAAGUUUCGGUUCGUUACAAAUGGUUUUGAAGUAUUACAUCAACGCGGCCCACAACAUUAACAACAACAACACCAACAACAACAACAACAAUAAUAAUAAUAAUAAUAAUAACAAUAACAAUUAUAAUAGUCAUAACAACAACAACAACAACAUCGUUAGCAACAAACUUAGUAGCAUGUCUUACGGUUACACUCCGUUGUUGAUAGAAGUCCCAGUUCUUUAUUUAGACCUCGAGGGUAAAACCGUGCCCUAUCAAUUUUAUCUUCACCCCUCCGUUCUUAUCGUACCCUCGCCUCUAUUGGUUGACCUUGAGCAUUGCAGAAAUGUCAAGUUGAUUAACAAAAGCGUAUCGCCGAUACAAUUCAAAUGGAGAAGUUGUACGUGCCUGUACAAGAUACGUGUUGUACCAGAAUCUGGAGAAAUCGCCGCCUGCGGUGAGCUUACGCUAGACGUUAUCAUGACGUCAGCCAGUGCAAUCAGCAUAGACGAGUGCGUCUUUUGCGAGAUUAACAACAACAACAACAACAAUUAUAACAACAACAACAUAAACAACAACGACAACAACGCAACAACCAAUCAUGAAGGAUUUUUGUUGGUUCUCAAGGUCAUUGCUAAAUUCAAGACGCCCGUACUAGAUCUGGACAACCUUGACAUUGACCUCGGCCUGAUCAGGUUAGGCUGUGACGUCAGCAGGGAUGUGCAGAUUUCGAACCCCUCACCAAUUCACGUCAGCUGGUUCAUAAGAAGCUCUGAUCUAUCGGCCAAUAUCGAUGAUUUGACUUUUACACCAAAAGCUGAAGGCCAAUUGAGGCCGUUUGAAAAGUUCAAGGUUAAAGUUCAUUACAGUCCCAAGAUCACUGGAGUUUUUGUUUUUUACAUGCAGUUGUCUGUUUACAAUGGGCAGACUAAUUACUUCACAAUAAGAGCCAACGUCCAACAGCCAAUCCUAUGUCUUGAAAAGAGUCACGUGAAUUUAAAUGACGUCACCGUGAAUAGAUCGGUGGUCGCGUGUGUCACUUUGACCAACCAAUCAGCGUUGAGUACUGCUUACCAGUGGUUGAAGAUUGAAGGUGAAAGAAUAAAUGAAUGCCAAGUGUUGGUCGAACCAGGCGAAGGAAUGAUAUCAGGCCACCAGUCGACUAAAAUUAAGAUAAACGUUACUGCAUUUAAAGAGGGUUUAUUCAAGGACCUGGUGAUCCCAUGCAAGAAUACUGAUACGGACAAACUGAUAUUUUUGUCCUUGACAUUCAGUGGUCAGUUUCUAAAGGUCAAGUAUAGCAUCAGAGUACUGGACGAUUUGUCGUUGAAGACCUUCAUAACAAUUGCUUUAUACAAUCUUUUAAGAGAAACCGAUAACGUUAACAACAUCAACAACGACAACAACGACAACAACAAAGAUAAUAAUAAUAAUAACUUGCAAUUGGACCUGGGAAUCAACCAAACGGGUGAGACGGUGAAAAGAUUUCUCCAGGUCAGCAAUCAUCAUGGCGAGAGACUUGUAUUCAAUUUCAAUUUCGUCAAUUUCAACUCGACUCUAAAUGACGUCACGGUCGCUAAUAAUAGAAAUAAUAAUAGCGAUAACAACAAAAAUAACAAUAAUAAUAAUAACAACAACAAUAACAACAAUAAUGAUGAUAAUAGUAAUAAAAAUGAGGGAAAGAAGGGGAAAAUAAGAAAGAAUGACAAAAAGUAUGCCUUGUGUAUACAAUAA